CAAUUUUUUCUUGAUUUUGAAUUGAGCGGUUGUCUCGCGCGUCGAUCGGAGUUUCGAAACCGUUUCGCUCUUGCAGCUUCGCAGUUUCUCGCGAAUUAAGCGACAAAAGUGGGCAAAAAUACGUUUUGCGAUCUAAUUAUUGAAUUUUAUUCGCCAAAGUGUACAAGUCAUAACGAAAUACCAACGAAAAGUGCCUUUUUUAAUCAAGAGUUGGUAACACACAUACCAACGCUAGGACUGAAGCACGCACACAAAUGCGCGCGCUCAGUGGUGUGCGUGUAACCACUUUUUUACCUGGUCUUACCUGUUUGCGGAGCGAAAGAGAGAGGGCGAGGGAGAAAGAGAGUGUUAAAGCGGAUGAGUGAAAGAUAAAAGUGAACGAAAUAUCAGGCAGAGCAGCUGCACCGAAAUCGGAAUAAGUCGGUCUAUAAUCACGGGGCGAACUGUACGAGUUCGAUUUCGAUUGAAUUGAAUUGAUAAUUGAUAAUUGAGCGGUUGCCAUGAAAAUGCAGUCCAAACAAACGGCACACUGAGAGAAACAAGAGAAGUGCAAAUAGAAAUAGAAGUGGCAAUACAAACAGAGCACGUAAAAGUAAAAGGUGUGCCAAAGUGUGAGUGAGUGGACAGAAUAAUACUGGGUGAUUCACAAAGAAGUGCUCAAAAGUAGUGGUCCGGCUGAAAAAGAGAGUCAGAGAUGGCGGAUCGCCGCUAAGGAGCAUGUCCACCAGUGUCCAGCGAUUGUCCAGUAGCUACUGCAUUAUCAUGUCGGUGACCCAACAGGCCGGCGUCCUCAAUCCCGCCCAGCAACAGACGCACCAGCAGCACAAGCGGAAAUGCCGCGACCUCGGCCGGCGACUAAUCCCCGCGAGACCGCUCCUGGCCGUCCUCGUGGCGCUCAGUGUCCUGUCACCCGCCCUCGCAAUUCUUUCGCCGCCGGACAAGACCUCCUUCCGCGACAACCGAAAGCCCGCCUUCAAGAACUGUGCCGGAUACGCUCCGAAGGUCAAGGAGGAGCAGCCGGAGAACACCUACGUGCUCACCGUGGAGGCUGCCGACCCCGAUCCCGAUCAGGUCAUUCGCUACAGUCUCGUCCAGUCGCCGUACGAGCGGCCCAAGUUCUUCAUCAACCCCAGCUCGGGCGUGAUCACCACCUCCCACACCUUCGACCGCGAUGAGCCGAUCCACGAGAAGUUCGUCUUCGUCACUGUUCAGGCCACGGAUAAUGGGCUGCCCCCGUUGGACGACGUCUGCACCUUCAACGUGACCAUCGAGGACAUCAACGACAAUGCUCCGGCAUUUAACAAGGCUCGCUACGACGAGUCCAUGUCGGAAAAUGCCCAGCCCGACGCGGUGGUGAUGUCUAUCAGUGCCAGCGAUUUCGACGAUGGAAACAAUAGUUUGGUCGAGUACGAGAUUCUGCGGGAGCGUGACUUCCAGUACUUCAAGAUCGACAAGGAGUCGGGAAUUAUCUAUCUAAAUCGACCAAUUGACAAGCGACCCGGCCAGUCGUAUGCGAUAAAUGUUCGGGCUUACAACGUUGUCCCCGAUCCGCCGCAGGAUGCGCGGACCGAAGUGCGCAUCCGGGUGGUGGAGUCCUCGAUCAAGCCCCCGUCCUUUGUGAACCCCAUCGACACACCCAUCUACCUGAAGGAGAAUCUCAAGAACUUCACACAUCCGAUCGCCACAUUACGGGCAGUAUCCAAUAUGCCAGAUAAACCGGAGGUGAUCUUUGAGCUAAAUACUGGCCGAACAGAGCAGACGAACAGCAAAAACACUUUCGUGUUCAAUCAGAUCGGCAACGAGGUGACCAUAAGCCUGGGCAAAACGCUAGAUUACGAGGCCAUCACGGACUACACGCUCACCAUGAUUGUGCGUAACACCCACGAACUGGGCACGGAGCAUCAGAUCAAAAUCCAGGUGGAGGAUGUAAACGAUAACAUUCCCUACUACACGGAGGUGAAAUCGGGCACGAUUUUGGAGAACGAACCGCCCGGCACACCUGUGAUGCAAGUGCGCGCCUUCGACAUGGACGGCACUUCGGCUAAUAAUAUUGUUUCCUUCGAGCUGGCGGACAACCGAGAGUAUUUCACUAUCGAUCCCGAUACGGGCAACAUCACCGCUUUGACAACUUUCGAUCGCGAGGAGCGUGAUUUCUACAACGUGAAGGUGAUUGCCAGCGACAAUUCACCGUCGAGUUUGUUUGAUAAUGGCGAGCCAAACCGUGGCCACCAGGUGUUUCGCAUUUCCAUUGGCGACAAGAACGACCACAAGCCGCACUUCCAGCAGACAAAAUAUCUGGCGGAGAGGUUGCUCGAGGACGCCAACACCAAUACCGAGGUGAUUGAGGUGAAGGCCGAGGACGAGGACAACGCUUCACAGAUCCUCUACAGCAUCGAGGGCGGCAACGAGGGCGACGCCUUUAAAAUCGGCCUUAAGACCGGCAAGAUCACGGUCAAUCAAAAGUUAGACUACGAAACGAUCACGGAGUACGAGCUGAAGGUGCGGGCCUUCGACGGAAUUUACGACGACUACACCACGGUGGUGAUUAAAAUCGAGAAUGUAAACGACAACCCUCCGGUUUUUAAGCAGGACUACAGCGUCACCAUUCUGGAGGAGACCACCUACGACGACUGCAUCCUUACAGUGGAGGCCUACGACCCGGACAUAAAGGAUCGCAACGCCGAUCAGCAUAUUGUUUAUUCGAUGCACCAGAACGAUGGCAAUCGCUGGACCAUCGACAACAGCGGCUGCCUGCGGUUGGUCAAGACGCUGGACCGCGAUCCACCCAACGGCCACAAAAACUGGCAGGUGCUGAUCAAGGCCAACGACGAGGAUGGGGUGGGCACCACGGUCAGUAAGCUGAAGGAGGUGACGAUCACGUUGAAGGACAUCAACGAUAACGCUCCGUUCCUGAUAAAUGAAAUGCCCGUCUACUGGCAGGAGAACCGCAAUCCCGGCCAUGUGGUGCAGUUGCUUGCCAAUGACUACGACGACACUCCGGGGGCGGGAAACUUUACCUUCGGCAUCGACAGCGAGGCCUCGCCGGACAUCAAGACGAAGUUCAGCAUGGACGGGGACUUUCUGCACGCCAACGUGCAGUUCGAUCGGGAGGCCCAGAAGGAGUACUUCAUCCCCAUCCGCAUCAGUGACUCUGGCGUGCCGCGGCAGAGUGCGGUGAGCAUUCUGCACCUGGUGAUUGGCGAUAUCAACGACAAUGCCAUGAGUGAGGGCUCGUCGCGCAUCUUCAUCUACAAUUACAAGGGGGAGGCGCCGGAAACCGACAUUGGUCGCGUUUUCGUGGACGACCUGGAUGACUGGGACCUGGAGGAUAAGUACUUUGAGUGGAAGGACCUGCCGCACGACAAGUUUCGGCUGAAUCCCAGCACGGGAAUGAUCACCAUGCUAGUGCACACCGCCCAGGGAGAAUACGAUCUCCAGUUUACAGUGACCGAGGAGUCAAUGUUCGUGCCCCGUCACUCCGUGGAUGCCGAUGUCACCGUGGUGGUUCGAGAGUUGCCUGAAGAGGCGGUGGACAAGAGUGGCAGCAUCCGAUUCAUAAACAUAACCAAGGAGGAGUUUAUAUCAGUGCCACGCGACUUUCGGUCGCCUGAUGCUCUUUCCCUCAAGGAUCGCCUACAGCACUCUCUGGCCAAGCUGUUCAAUACCUCGGUAGCCAACGUGGACGUGUUCACGGUGCUUCAAAAUGAGAAUCAGACGCUCGAUGUGCGCUUCUCCGCCCACGGCUCGCCGUUCUAUGCCCCGGAAAAGCUAAACGGCAUAGUGGCCCAGAAUCAGCAGCGUUUGGAGAACGACCUGGACCUGCAGAUGCUAAUGGUGAAUAUCGACGAGUGUCUGAUCGAGGGGUUCAAGUGCGAGGAGUCGUGCACAAAUGAGCUGCACAAGAGCUCGGUUCCGUACAUGAUCUACUCGAACACCACCUCGUUUGUGGGCGUGAACGCCUUUGUCCAGGCGCAAUGCGUCUGCGAGGCACCUUUGAUGACACGUUGCCUGAAUGGAGGAAGCCCGAAGCUUGGCGAGAACGACGUGUGUACCUGCACAGACGGUUUCACCGGACCCCACUGCGAACUCGUUUCCGUUGCCUUCUACGGCACCGGUUAUGCCUUCUAUGAGCCCAUCGCCGCCUGCAACAACACAAAGAUUAGCUUGGAGGUCACGCCCCAGAUUGACCAGGGUCUGAUCAUGUACCUGGGACCUCUAAACUUUAAUCCUCUGCUGGCAAUCUCGGAUUUCCUAGCUCUGGAGCUCGAUAAUGGCUAUGUGGUUCUGACUGUGGACUACGGAUCGGGUGCAAUACGGCUUCGGUAUCAGCACAUUAAGAUGGUGACAGACCGCACCUACCAAGUGGACAUCAUCCUGCAGCGUACUAGCAUAGAGAUGAUAGUGGACAACUGCCGCCUGUCAACGUGCCAGUCUUUGGGUGCCCCAGUCGGCCCUAAUAAGUUCUUAAAUGUGAAUGCCCCGCUGCAGCUGGGCGGUACCCCGGUGGACUUGGAACAGUUGGGAAGGCAACUAAAUUGGACCCAUGUGCCCAGCCAGAAAGGAUUCUUCGGGUGCAUUCGUAAUCUGACGAUCAACGAGCAGACCUACAAUCUGGGAAUGCCCUCAGUUUUCCGGAACAUCGACAGCGGCUGUCAGCAGUCCGUGGCCGUGGCAUUCAGCUUCGGAAUCGAUCGCAACUUCAUCAUCGCCAUCAUCGUCUGCCUCGCGCUACUGCUGAUCAUCCUGCUGGCCGUCGUGGUUCAGAAGAAGCAGAAGAACGGAUGGCACGAGAAGGACAUCGAUGACAUUCGCGAGACGAUCAUCAACUACGAGGACGAGGGUGGCGGUGAGCGGGAUACGGACUACGACCUGAAUGUUCUGCGCAGCCAGCCCUUCUACGAGGAGAAGCUCUACAAGGAUCCGCAUGCCCUGCAGGCGAGCAUGCGCGACCCCAACGACAUACCGGACAUCGCCGACUUCCUGGGCGACAAGAAGGAGAACUGCGACCGGGACGUGGGCGCCACCACCGUGGACGAUGUGCGGCACUACGCGUACGAGGGUGACGGCAACUCCGACGGCAGCCUCUCGAGCCUAGCGUCCUGCACCGACGACGGCGAUCUCAACUUCGACUACCUGUCCAACUUUGGACCGCGCUUCCGCAAACUGGCCGACAUGUACGGCGAGGAGCCAUCGGACACCGACUCCAACGUGGACGACGACCAGGGCUGGCGCAUAUAGAAAUCUUGGCCAGCCACAGGGUUGAAGAUGACGUAGAAAUGAAAAGACUUUUUAUAUACUAAGAGUUGUACGGAUGUUGAUAGUGGCGGGACGAGGCGCCGGCCUAGCCGGCCCCAAAGUCGAUUCAAGAGAGAUAUAUAUAUAUGGGUAAACUAUAUAUAUUAUAUAUAUACAUAUAUUUUUAUGGAGGAGUAUUGCAAGGGCCCAGGGGAACACGUUUUUGUUUUUUGUUUUGUAAAUGCAAAAAGUGAUCUUGAUCUUACGUAAACGAACUAUAUUAACUAAAGCUAACACUAAUGUAGCCAAGCAACUGCGAACAAACCACAAAAUUCUGCAGAACUGUUAUUGCUUCGAUUCCACAUAUUAGGUAAAACACAAUAAUAUAUUGAAACUAAACAGCGACCGAAAUAUUCCUAUAAAGAGAAUUCGAAAUCAGUAUGCAUUUUUCAUUGCAUAAAAAUACAUUACACCAACACUAGAUAGUAGUUAAAUUAAGAAUUUAUGUUAGCUGAAAAUGCAUUACACAACGUAAUACGAAGAAUUAUAUCGCGUGAGAGCCUAGACAAGACAGAUCUUCAAUUAGAAUUCGUUGGAACUUCCGAACUAAAAGAAAUUUACACUAAAUCAAAGGGUAACUCAAUUUGAUAAGACAAGUCGGUACAUCUAAGUUAACACUUUAAUCGUAAUUUAUCUAGAAAUAUAGACCCCAUCAAUAUCAGUAUAAGUUCUUAGGGUUGUCUCCUAGUACAUGUAUAAAUCAGUUGAACCUUAUUUAAGCUCUUCGAAUCGAGGGAGACCUUAACUCUCCCUGUAAUGUGUGCAGCUAUAUCUAUGUUAUAUUAAAAGGGAUAUAAUAUAUAUAUAUAUAUAUAUAAAUAUAGAAACAUACAUAUAUGUAAGUGAAAAUGUUCAAUAAAUCAAUGCGAUAUGUAUUUUUGUAAGUCUUUUUCCGUAUUUACUAAGACUCAAGUAAGCCGAAAGGGGGACAUUUUUUACAUGCCAAGGCGAACCAACAUAACAGUGAAAAGCUGAAAUACUUUAUUUAUAUAUAGUACAUAUUAAUUAAUUGUAUAAUUUACAACAAACGAAAGAGCCACACAAACACACAGUAAUUGUGUUAAAAUAAAAAACAUAAUAAAAUCGAA